AUGGCGGAUCCGCGUGCUUUGGAGACUGAUGCUACAAAUUUCGCAGAAACAGCAGAGAAGUAUGAGAAGCUUGGUGAAAAGGAAGGAGCAAUUUUUUUUUAUACCGCCUCGUUAGCUCGAGCCCGGUACAUAAUGAAAGAUGCUGUCGAUUCCGAGGAGAAGGGGAACAAAGAAGAAGCCGUUGAUUUGUACAGCAAUGCAGUCGAACUGCUCUUAUCUUUGCGUUCCUCUGUAAAAGAUAAAUUAACUCUGGAAAAAGUCCAAAGGCUUGCCAAACAAGGGCUUGAUAGAGCUGAAAUUCUUCGUAAACAGCUGGAUGCAGUAUCAGGCAGCUCGAUCAACACACGCACACGCGCUCCUGAGCCAAAUAUACGCAACAUAAAUCGUGAAACACCUUCAGCUUCAAGUACAAGUUCUGGUGGAUAUACAGCCGACGAGCUGAAAGUACUUCGCUCUACCUCAAGCAUCAACGGUCGAGAAUACCUACCAUUUCUGGACGCAAUCGAUCUUCGUGAACGGUUCGCUUUUCCGAAACCAUACACGUAA